AUCGAUAGCUUGUGAUACUGCGAUAUCAGAUAGCACGAUUCUUUUUACAUCUCUAAUUCCACUUAAUUUUCUGAAAACAAUUGUUUUAUAUUUUGUCUGCAAACAUUGUUAAAAACAUGAAUGAUCCAAACAAGGUCAUCAACGUUAAUUUAUCUUCACUUUUAAGUUUAAAAGCUGAACUUCUACGCAAACAAGCUGAAGUAAACAAAGCUAAGGCAAUUCAAGCACCCAAUCAGCAGAACGAAUAUUCCUCAAAAAACAUUGUUCAAGCAACUUCUAGCAGCGCUAGUGUCUCAAAAAGGGAUAAGAAGGAACGUGCCAAAGAGGUCGACAAACUUGAAGGUGCUACCGUUUAUGAACACGAAGAUUCAGAGUUGCUGGAAAAGUCACGACGUGUACUGGAAGCGAAAAGUAAAUUCUAUGAACGUAUGUCCCGCACCGGUGGCCAACUCAACUCUGAUGAUAAUUGCUUAGUAUUAUUCAAUCGUAAGCACCAGGACGAGCGUGUAGACGAUGCAUUAAUUGAAGAGAUGGGGAGGCCUAAUCAUGGAAGCUCGAAUGAAACAAAAGAAUCAGAUUCAGACAGUCGCAGCGAAAGUGACGUUGACAAUAGUCAUGAGGAUGAAGAUGACUGGGUGGAAUAUACUGAUUGUUUGGGUCGCACACGAAAAUGUUUGCGAAAGGAUUUGGAAGUAGUACAGCGCAGAGACGCAGAAUUAGCAGCCAGCAUGCCCGAGCGAUUGGAUCAGACUAAAGCUAAUUGGAUGCUAAAUUCUAAAAACGUAUCUGAUGUUAGUGGGGAAGACGUCGAUGCGCCAAUUGGUCCCAUGCCAAGCGAAAGUGUUUUCGGCGAUGGGGUUUCCAUGAUGUCCAAACAUGAUGAACAACGCGCCAACUGGGAGCGUAAGGAACAAGAAAAUAUCGAUAAAGCAGAUGUUCAUUACCAAGAUGUUUUCUUCGAUGAGGCUCGACAGCACGGUGUCGGCUAUUAUGCAUUCUCUACAGACGAAGAAGAGCGCAAAAAGCAGCAGAAAGAAUUAGAGGAAACAAGAAAGCGUACAUUAGAAGAACAAAAGCGGCGCGAUGAACUCCGAGCACAUCGUGAAAAAAUUGUAGCUGAGCGGGUUCGUGCUGCGAAGAAUAGACAGCGUGCGCGUCUUGGUUUGCCACCGCUUGAGGAAAAUGAAACGAAGGAAGAGAUUGUAAAUAAAGAAAAGGAGACAAAAGAAGAACGUAAAGCUCGCAAGAGGGCCGAAAAGUUGCAAAGAAAACAGGAGCGGGAGGAAAAGCAACGUGACUUAGAGCGAAAACUUCACGUGCGACCAUGGGAUAAAGAAAAAGAAUACGCAACUGAUAACACUACGGUCGAAGAAAAUGGAGAGCCUGAGCCAAAAUGGAUAUAUAAACCAGAACGAUUGCCCAUGUCACAAGAAGAGUGGAAUGAAAAGAAACGUGGAGAACGCGUUGCAGAAUUUGGACCUGUAAAUGAUUCGCCAGAGAGGCAAUACUAUCCUAAACGUAGGAAUUUCACAAGCAUGCAUCCUCCAAAUGAACUACUUUCUACCGACAAAUACAAUAUGAUGCCAUCUGCGUCGGCUGCCGAAAAUUUCGCCAUUUAUCAGACAUCGAAAAGAAGUAAGACUUUCCAAAGACGUAACUAUGAAGCACAAAAUGAUACCGAGGAGAACACGGAUUACCAGCGUUCAGGUGCGGCCAUACCUCCGCCAGUAGACCUGGAUUAUGAUCCAUCGAUGCAUGCUAAGAAGUCGAAAUCAGGCAAUGAACUCGAACGUUCUAUUGAAGCAGGACUACGCUUUUUACGUAAUAACUGUGAUAAGGGAAAUUUAACCACAAAAUCCAGUUGGACUGCGAAGGCCGACUACUAAUUUGAAUACUAAUAAAAAAUACAAAAUGUAUGUAUUUAUAUGCAUAAUUCGUGCUAUAGCGAUUAUUUUUAUUUAAAUUGCAUACCAUGUAUGGGAUAGCGUUCCGCUGCUACAUAAAAACAUAAGUAUUCAGUUCUUGAAUGUGCAUUGGAACAUUUUACAAAUUGCUCUUUUAUAAAUACAUACGUACAUACAUAUCGUUACCUUAAUAUAGAAAGGCCCUAUCUAACUUUUUGGUUUCUUUAUGGGGUGAUGAAAAAGCUGCAUAGAAAAUCGAGUCCUUUGGCUGCGAAUUUCUUUCGAAGGCUUUUCUUGUUGAAUAAUAUAACUAAUUUUAAACUGUAUUAGUUAUUUUUAAAAACCAAUGGGUGUUUAUUGAGUAAUCGGCAGACUUUUUCAACAGUAGGUACUGGAUUUGAAAAGAAAAUGAGUUAGGGCUGAUUUGAUUUUUUCAAAUUUGGUCUCGAAAAUGUCAAAUAUUUUAAGUUUCUUAAAAAAUUCUAAAUUGUUAAAAUCUCUGCAUGUGAAGCCUUUUUCCAUCCAAAAGAAGCGAUUAAAUAUCAGCUUUUGAAACGUUCGCCCAACUCAGCAGCAUAAACGCUAAUUACUGGGCAAUGCAAAGGACGGAUCAAUGCUUCGAGAAGCAAACAAAUUUACUAAGAACGCAAGUUGCAAC